CUAUAUACCGGACGUGCGGGAUUCUCCUUAUCGGGUAAUUCUCGGCGAUUUCCGAAUGUUAUCAGAGAGAGAUCAAAAUUGGGGAUGGAUGGGAGAAGAGCAAAUAUACCCAACUCUUCUUUAUACAUCUUCAUUCAACUAUGCCUCCAAUUACCUGCCACAUCCUUGACACUACACGUGGUCAGCCAGCCGAGCUGGUAACUUGUGCCAUUUAUUACGUCUCCGAACCAAUUACCCCCUCUGAUGACGAAUCUGCCUAUGAAGUUCCUCCAUCACAACCGUUUGCAAUGGGUAAGACAAACAAGGAUGGCCGUAUAACAGGGUGGGUCCUCAACCCAGAGAACAGUGCCACGCUCAACCUGGAGUUGGGUUUUGCCUCCGAGUCCGAAUGGACGAAACUCAAGCCAGGGAUCUAUAAAAUCAAGUUCCUUACUGGCCAAUAUUUCCAUCGUUUGGGUCCAAGCAGCAGAACAUUCUUCCCCUUUGUAGAAAUCACAUUCACAGUGGCCAACCCUCCCGAUGCCCAUUACCACAUUCCUUUACUCUUGUCCAAUUUCAGUUACACCACAUACCGUGGGAGCUGA